GUGAUAAUUGAGUCGUGUUGUGGUUUUUGGUAGUAGAGAGAGUACUUUUGGUUGUUGGGGAACCCUUGUGACUUGUCGUCACGUCAGCAGCCUGGUCCAUCUCUCUCGCUUCUGGUCGGAGCCGCCUAACUUCAAAGGCUACGAAGCUACCUUGCCUGGCGAUUACCUCAAGCAUCAACGGAAGACUGUCUUAACUGAAUCCCAUCUGAACCCGACCAACCAACGACCACAGAACAUAAACAAACACGGCCCAAGACAAGCCUUCCCGUUUGUAAUCUAAUUCACAUCUGGAGUUCUCUCAACAACUCACAAACGACGAGCUCUCUCGCGAGACGCGCCCGAAAUCCAACGUCAACGUGCUCGACACACUCCUGACGACAACAACGACAUGCCCAGCAAAACCCCUCACACAAACGGCAAUGAUCCAGUCGAGAAUGGAACACAGGAUAUCGAGAUGAAAGACGAUGCUCCAGCAUCGAAGAAGGGCGGCAAGGGCAAGAAAGUGAACCAGGGCGACGACGAGAUGACGGUCGUUGUGCCUCCAUCGAAAGCUUCAAAGCUAUCGGCGCCACCACCUCCAGAUGCUGAAGGAGACGUGGCAAUGGACGAGGAGACUGCAACAAGUGAAGUAGAGGCCGAGGUGGACCCGAUAGCUCUGACGAUCUCAAAUAUCAAGAACGACUUUGCGUUAUUAGAGAAGGCUGUGGCACUAUUCGAUGCUCGUUUCACCCUGAGAGCUCUCCGAUCAAUUUCUACAAUCCGCAAACACCUGAGCGCCGAUGUCCUUGCACAAGUCAUUACCGAGACAUACCCUGCAUCAAGCUCCGUAGCAAAGAACCUGCUGGCUGCUUUGAAUAAGGAGAAUGCUACGUUUAGUAGGCAGACAUCAUCUGAUAUGGAUGUUGAUGGUGACGUCAAGGCGAAGAAUGGAUCGAAGAAAGAGGCCAAGGAGAUCAUCCCAGAGAUCGAUGUGUUCCUGGGUAUUCUGGUUCAGGUCCUGUUUGCAGACCAGAAGGAGACCCAGAAGGGAGCGAAAUUCUCUUCUCAGCUGGCCGAGCAAAUACACACUCUCAACCGUCGCACACUGGAUUCGUUAGCUGCUCGGGCUUACUUCUACUUCUCGCUGUUUGCCGAACAGCUGCAGCCGCUACCACCGUCGCCGAACUCGCCAGUCGUAUCUCUCCGCCCAGCUCUUCUCGCAGCUCUUCGAACUGCUGUUCUCAGAAAGGAUAUCGACACACAAGCUACGGUCAUCGUUCUUCUGCUCCGCAACUACCUUUCAACGUCGCACAUCACUCAAGCCGAUCUCUUGGUAUCCCACACGAAAUUCCCCGAAAACGCAUCGAACAACCAGGUUGCGAGAUAUCUAUACUAUCUGGGACGAAUUCGCGCGAUUCAGCUCCGUUAUACUGAGGCACACGAGCACCUGACGGCUGCAACCCGCAAGGCCCCAUCGAGUCCAAGCGCAGCUGGUUUCACCCAAACUGCAACAAAGCUCCUUCUUGUCGUGGAGUUACUCAUGGGAGAUAUUCCAGAGAGAGCUACCUUCAGCAUGGCAAGCCUCGAGAGGGCCCUUGCUCCAUACUUAUUACUCGUACAAGCCGUCCGUGUUGGCAACCUCGUUGAUUUCGAGAGCUCGAUCAAGCAACAUAGCGAUACUUUCCGACGUGACGGCACAUAUACAUUGAUUCUUAGACUCAGACAGAAUGUUAUCAAGACAGGAAUUCGCAUGAUGUCUCUGUCGUACUCGCGCAUUUCUCUCCGCGACAUCUGCAUUCGCCUUCAUUUGGGAAGCGAGGAGUCGGCCGAGUACAUCGUUGCUAAGGCCAUUAGGGAUGGUGUUAUAGAAGCUACACUGGACCGCGAGAGAGGUUUCAUGAAGAGCAAGGAGAUUGGCGAUGUUUACGCAACAAGGGAACCUGGGGAGGCUUUCCAUGACCGUAUUCGUGCGUGCCUUGCCCUUCACGACGAGAGUAUCAAGGCAAUGCGCUUCCCAAUGAACCAGCAUAGGCUCGAGCUGAAGAACGCACAAGAGGCACGCGAGCGCGAGCGCGAGAUGGCAAAGGAGAUCCAAGACGGAGAUUUGGACGAGGACGAUCUGGGUGGUGAGUUUGAGGGCAUGUAAGAUGGUUUAUUUUGGGCGGGGAAGGGAAAGGCGAUGGAUGUACGAUGGGUCGAACGGUUUUCGGGAACAACGCGCACAGCGAGGACGAGGAUAAUUACACUUCAUCAACCUGUAUUGUCUUGCUAUUCAAUCCGGCCGGAUAGGAGGGGUGAUCGAGGAUAGUUAUAGAGGCGUCACUCCCAACCGGCACUUUUAGUUUCAUGCAUACCGCGUCGUGUUGGCGCGAAGGAGUGUAGUAAUGGAUUUAGAGCUUUCCCUUCGAUAAUCAUUGUAUUUUGCUUCCAAAGAUCUACAUAAUCUUGCACGCAGCCUUGUGAGAAAGUGUGUCAUUCGUCAAGCAUCAUUGAGGAAAG